AUGGAUGCUGUGCCGGAGCACACGUGUGUUGUGCAGGGGCACACGGAUGCUGUGCAGGAGCACACGGAUGCUGUGCGGGAGCACACGUGUGUUGUGCAGGGGCACACGGAUGCUGUGCAGGAGCACACGGAUGCUGUGCCGGAGCACACGUGUGUUGUGCGGGAGCACACGUGUGUUGUGCAGGGGCACACGGAUGCUGUGCAGGAGCACACGGAUGCUGUGCCGGAGCACACGUGUGUUGUGCGGGAGCACACGUGUGUUGUGCAGGAGCACACGGAUGCUGUGCGGGAGCACACGUGUGUUGUGCAGGAGCACACGUGUGUUGUGCAGGGGCCCGUCUCACAUGCAGCACACCCGCCUGCGCCCUGGCCGGCUGCACCCUGUGCCUGUGGCGUUCCGGGGCAGGAGCCGGCUGCCUGCGCCUGGGGCUGGGUGCCCUUCGAGGAAGGGUGCUACGGCUUCUUCCCCCGGGAGCUGAGCUGGAGAAGGGCGGAGGCCUUUUGCCAGCGCUUCGGCGCGGGCACCCACCUGGCCUCGGUGCACAGCGUGGAGGAGCACCGGGCCAUCGCCACGCUGCUCUCCUCCUCCCGCUCCAGCGAGGACAGCGAGGAGGAGGACGUGGAUGACGGCAUCUGGAUCGGCCUCCACCGUCCCCUGGGGAGCCGCCGCUGGCAGUGGUCGGACAGCUCGGAGGUGGACUACGGCUCCUGGCACCGGCAGCCCAGCUCCAGGAGGAGAGCCUGCGCCGCGCUGCAGGAUGCUGCCGAUUUCAUGACGUGGCUCAGCGACGCCUGCGCCGACAGAAAACCCUUCGUCUGCAAGUCCAGCGCCUAGAGCCACGGG